AUGACGUUGAUAACGACCGUCAGUUUGAAAAGACAUGGAAACAACAACCAAGUUGCAUUCCAAAUAGACAUCAAACGUAGAAAAGAACCUCCGUCUGAUUUUUUAUACUUACAACUAUUUAAUAGCCGGAGUUAUCUGCUAUUUCAUGCCUUUCUCUACACGUCACAAUGUGUGUGUACGUGUCCUGAUGACGUAGUCAAGAGUUGUGAAGCAACUGUGAUUGUGUACAGUGUACAGACCUUUCGUAACAACACACGUGUCUGGCACCGAAUAGUGAUGGGAGGCAAGGGAUCGGUUCAACUCAAGGGAGGUGAAACAACUAACUACCUUAUGGUCACUAUACAGCCGUUAACAACAUACUUAGACCUCCUGGCAGAUGCUCCAAGCAAGAUCUCAUAUCCUGUGGAUGUGGAUAGUAUUGGCCCACGGAAGUACGUUUUGACUAACCUAAAGAGCAUUUGCCAUCAAACGGAAGGCCUCAUCGUUAUCCUCCAUCAAAUCUACCCUCCUGACGCUUGGAUCAUAAUGUUAAAACAAGGCUUAGCAACAAAGUUUGAAAUACCCUUCGACUUGAACCCGGCAACAGAGUAUAAAUUACAACUGUUUAAUACCGUUCGGUCACUCAACACCAGGGAGAUGUACAUUGGAAAUUCUUUCUCUACAGUCAUCACAUUUACCACAUACAUGACACAGGAUGAAGUGCGUGAAUUAUACGGAAAGGCUUUUAAUUUCCUGUCGAGAUUUCCACAUUUUUCACACAUUUCUCAUUUUUAUCGUAAUAAGUCGGUGAGGUAUUUCCAACAAAUCAAGAGUACAGGUGGCGUCAUGCACAAGUACAUUAAGAACUGGGGAGGGGAUCAGGCUUCAACACUCAACGGACAAAUACAGGGUCUGUUCUUCAGUGCUAAUGUAGACCCAGUGACACAUCUUCCCCCAGACAGUUCAUAUUUCGGAUCGGUGAGGCUACAUGUCCCGACAUACUUUCUGUUGAACUCAAACAUGAACAUGUACUUCUCUGACUUUUACUGUCACACUGUGAACCACAAAGUCCAGAUUGUCCUUGCGGUCAAAGGCAGCCCAAGUGACCACUUCUGCAGACAACGACUCGUGUUGCUGAAUCAAUACGACAAUCCGUUUCUCGUCAGGGUUCAAUACGGAUACAGAGAAACAGUGAAAGUAACAAACAAUGUUAUCGUGGAAGUGUUUUACACCGAGAACGUACCUAUCAGGGACUUGGUGCUUAACGACAACGCGUUUUUCUCCCAAACAAAACAGACAGGAAAUGCUUUGGCUAUGGUAAACGGUAUUCCAAAAAAUAGAGACUGUCAAAUUUGUAAUUUAAAUUGCUUUCUCCUCGCUCAUAAUAAACAAUGA